GCAACCUAUUGAAAAUCAGAACACACCAAUGGCACUGCAUCGGUGUGUUCUUGCUCCUCGUAUAGUAUCCUUUCUCUUGGGCUGUUCGCACGUUUCAGCUGAACAUGAUGAUCGAGUCUAUAAAGCAUACAUCCUGGUCAACUCCAGCACUUGUACCAACUUGGCCCCUCAGUAAUUAGCCCUACUUUCCAUUUACAACGAAUAAGACAUGGAUCAUAGAGCAAAUGGUACAGCUCGAGAAGCGGGGCGCCUAGGCGAUAAUUCUCUGUACAUGGUGCUCAAAGUAGCCGCCAACGGGGAGCUGCGAGAAGUGGUCUCUCAAGUACGCCCAGGCAGCAGUGCACAUCUUUUCGCCGUCACCUCGCAGGAUUCGCGAUACGAGAAUGCACAUGGGGUUGGUCCCAGUGGCUCGCGUCGAAACAGCUUUCGUCAUCCAAAGCCUUGUGGUGCAUGCUCCGCAACGAAAAGCAGAUGCACGCCGUUACCCGAGAACCCAUUGCUCUGUGUUCGCUGUAAAUCGAAAAAUCUUCGUGAAUGUCCUCCACACGUGCCGUGGCGACUGCGUAGAGCGAAUGGCGAAAGGCACGAUGCGAGCGGAAAUCCACAAACCUCGAGUAUUACGCAGAGCCAAUUACCGCCAAUGGGGCCCGCGUUGCCCGCGGCUCCUGCUCCUGCCGUCAUGCCUCAUCAUUCCGGACCAUACUCGAUACACAUUGGGUCGCAGCAACAUGGGCAGCAUGCUGGUGGGGCAGAUAGGUAUCCGGCGUAUCCUUACGCGCCGUUAAAUCCCGAAGAGAACUUGCAGCAACAGGGCUUCUAUAACAUGGAAUCCGGAGUCCUUGGAGCAGACUAUUCGCAGACUGGACCAUUACCCCAGUUGACGUUCUCUCCGGGGCCAGUUACUCAGCAGUUGUACCAGCACGAUUCACAUGUUCAGCCAAUGAACCAAUAUCUGCAACCUAAUGUACAAUACAACAACUGGUGGUAGCAGGAUCCAUUUACGCCAAACGAAAUUCUUGUACAUGCUAUAGUAUCAGGAUAUUGAACCCUUAUUCUGAACACUAGGGAAAUGGACCCUGUAUCAUUUGUGUAAAUCAUACAUAGAACUCUCACAUUGGACAGUGGCUAGAUACAUGGACACGAUAGAGUAUUUGAAUCGUACUUGCAAUUG